AUGGGCUGUCGAGUAUGCCGGGCGCGCAAGGUGAAAUGUGACGGACGACCCAACGGCUGUCGCAACUGCGAGCGUCUCCAGCUAGACUGUGUGGACGACACCUUGGGUCUCGCCUCGCCAACCGCAGGACGACGAGCAAGCCUGACAUCGUUGGCGACAUCCUCGCUCCGGAAAACCCGAACAUACAGGAGUUGUACCAGCUGCCGCCUGUCCAAGACAAAAUGCAACGGGGAUAGACCACGCUGCGCAAGGUGUGGUGCAAAGGGCAUCGAUUGUGUGUACGACGGAGGCAGCACACCUCGCUGGGCGAAGAACUUCAGUCCCGCAUCACAAGGGGUCAAGACCGAAGAGGAUGUCGAAGGAGGCGGGGAAGGCGUUGAGGCACCUCCAAAAACACCACUUCUAGUUGAGCCAAGCGACUCUCUGCAGUGGCUACUAUCUCCUGAGAUCCCACCUCCACGACAAGUCAGGAGGCUUGUGGAGCACUACUUUGCCAACAUCCACCCCAUACGAUGCUUCGCCUUCGUACACAAGCCCAGCUUCAUGCGGCAGUUGGACAAUGGUAUCAAUUCGGAAGAUGACUCGGCCUUGUUGCACAUAACAUGUGCUCAUGGCGCCAAAUUCCACGCAUUGAGUCUAGGACAAUUCGAUCAAAUGCCAAGUGAGGACUUUGUCAGAGCCGCAGGCAAUCAGUGGGCUACCAAAGCAGAGGCCAUAGUGCUGAGCCAUUGUGGCAAGAUCUCCAUACACCGGCUCAUGGCUACCGUAUUGCUAUGCGACUUUCGCCACCGGCAAGGGGAGCACUCUCAGGCACUCAUGCUCGGUGCUUUGGCUAUACGUGCAGCGCAGUCUCUGAAGCUCCAUCGCGAAACAUCAGCUGACAUCCUGUGCAUUGAUACGUCAAGUCCUUCUGUCGUUCCUCGCGAGUCUCGACGCCGCUUGAUGUGGGCCUGCUAUCUCCUCGACGCCUGGAACACGGAUCCUUUGAUCACGAUGAAAGAGUCCGAGAUCAAGAUUCAGUUGCCCUGCAAUGAACGAAACUUUGGUCUUCGCAUAGCGAGUGUUACGGAGACUCUGGGAGUUGGACACGUACUGCAAUGUCUCAGUCCCGCCAUGGUUCCUAGGAAACCUGCGGACAACAUGGGCAUCAUGGCCUACUACAUACGCAUCGUUACGCUCUGGAAGCGCAUCAGCAACUAUGUGUCGAAGCCCGAUACCGGUCCCGCGCCGUGGCUGCCCAGCAGCGAGUUUGCCGCUUUGGACGCAGAUAUGUCCCGAUGGAGGCGAGAGCUGCCCGAGUUUGUGGAAUAUUCCCCGGAUACCAUCUACGCAAGGCUGGACUCGAACCAACUUGGUGCGCUGAUGCUGAUUCACUGCACCUACCAUCACGCUUACCUAGAGCUGUACAAGAUCGCCUUGCCGGAGCUGUACGGACUGCCCAACUCACCCACUUUCCCGCCAGAGCAGAAUGAGGCCUGGCAAGCACUGCAAGCAGAAAGCUACUUCCAUGCGCGACAGAUUGCACAUCUGCUUGCUGAGGCAGCGGAGCACGGACCAAGGCUCCUCAGCGACGCCGCGCUGCCAUGGUUUGCUCUCGAGAGUAGCCGGGUAAUGAUGUACUAUGUUGGGCGGAUCCUGCCAGCUGGCAGGGUCGAUGUCAGCGAGAGGGUCAAGGAGGCCGUCGAGGCAACCGAAGCCAACGUGGAACUGCUCAAGAUAAUGGGGGCGCUAUUCCCUGUAUCGACUUUAUAUGCCAGCACGGUGAGCAGGUGGCUUUCCAAGAUGCGCCAAGGCGUCCGAGAUCUGUCACCACGCAUGGCGGAAGAACAUGUUGGCCUGCCAGAUAUCGAGAUGUCCUCCUUUGCCACAUCUCACAAAGCGCUGUCGGGGUUUACCCUGCCGCCCAUAGCCUUCCACGAUGAUCACGCCAAUGGCCCCCAGAUGUGUUCGUCGACUCACCCCAUGUCGACCACGACGACUGCUAUAGCAAGCAAAGCUACGAGCAGUCCGCCACACUGGGACACUGCGCAGCACCUUGUGGAUCUGAGCAGAGGCCACACGCCGCCCAAGUGUGGGGGACUGUGCGCGAGCUUGGAUCUGGACGAUCUGCGGAACUUUUUGAGGGAGGACAUGUUGGUCUUGGGAGAUGGCAGUCUUGCAAGCAGCGAGUUGGAGAGCGCUGUCUAA